UGUGAUAGCCUGACAGCUCCAGUCCUGUGCUAUGAAAAAUCUCUACGCGAUAUUGCUAAGACGGGCCUAGGGCUGUGGCUGGUUGAGAAUUAGCUGCUAUUGUAGUUUCUCUUUGCCGAAUCCUUUGUUUGUGCAACCAUGUUCAGAAAUCCUUGGAUCUCCAGCUAUUUGGGAAAUGUUAAAUACUCUGAGGAACAAGAUUUUGGCAAAGAAAACUCAGUCAGAUUUAAACCUUCACGAUUGCUCCAAAGGAAGAGAGCGUUAAGUUUUCAGAAGGAGUUUUCAUUUGAAGAUAAAGAAGAACUUGCAAACAGCACAAAGAGUAUUGAUGCUAAUCUCUUAGCAGUACUUCCAAAAGUUUCAGAAUUAAGAAAACUGUUUGAACCAAACAACCAAGAUUUUUUGGAAAUGAAAAGAAAAGAGAGAAUAGCUAGACGCUUAGAGGGAAUUGAAAAUGAUACGCAACCUAUGCUUCUACAAAACUGUCCAGGAUCAGUCACACACCGUUUACUAGAGGAAGAUACACCAAGAUAUAUGCGUGCAACUGAUCCAUACAGUCCCCACUUAGGAAGGUCAAAUGAAGAGGAGGAAACUUCAGAUUCUUCUGUAGAAAAACAACCCCGAUCAUCCCGAUACCGAGCAGAAAUCACAGGAGGUAAUAUAGAGCCCUUGUAUAGUACAGGAAACAUGGAUGUCCAGGAGCUAGAGUCAAAAGCAGAAAGAAUAGCUAGGUACAAGGCAGAGAGGCGGCGCCAGCUGGCAGAAAAAUAUGGAUUAUCUCUUGAUUCUGAUUUGGAUUCUGACUACUCAUCCAGAUAUACGCGGGCAAGGAAAGAUCCCGACAGUGUGGAAAGAAAGGGAGUGAAAAGUGAAAGGCAAGAUGACGAAAACAAGGACUGUGGCUCCCUGUAUUUGUCCAGGACUGAGACAAAGGAGUCAAAGAGUGUGAUUUCUGAAUCCAAAGAGUACUCCAGCCAUGAAAAAGAUGGUGUUCCAGAUAAAGAAGACCUCUCAAAUGAAAAGGGUGAUAGAAAACUAGAUGAUGACAGUGCCAUUAGAAAGGCUUCUGACCCUUCAGCAACCUUGGAUAAUUCUGUCUCCCUUUCCCUUUCUGGACGAGAAUCUUCCUCCUAUAACGAAGUGCCAAUAUCACCAAAGCAAACCCCCAGAGAGUCCCUUUCUUCACCAAAGCGGGCAGCCUCACCAAUCCAUUUGCAGAAUGACCAGCCCUUGCACAGUAACAUCAGACAAAGUAGUGCAGGGAAAGCAAAACCUGAAUGGUUUCUUCAGAAAGAUUCGGAAGGGGACACACCUUCACUUAUCAGCUGGCCCUCCAGAGUAAAAGUUAGAGAGAAACUGGUGAAAGAGGAAAGUGCUCGUGCAAGCCCUGAACUUGUCACAGACAAAGUAUCUCAGAGAAAAUCCCAUCCAGUGCCAGCCCACUACAUGCCUCUUCAGACAGAAAUGCCUGCCUUUGACAGGGUUUUAAAUCAGCCCGUCAGUUCAGUCCGCCAACCAAUACAUGGCUAUAUUCAGCCUGCUGGCAUUGCUCACACAGCUCAGCUGAUGGCAACAGAAGAACCAGCAAACAUCUCUGCUGGCAGCCUCCUCCUGCCAGACAAUGUUAGCCUCUUAACAAAAUCGUCAGCAGCCACUGCAUCAGAGAGUGAAAAGAAAGAGGCACUUGGUUAUGGAGCAAAGCUUGAUGAAGAAGAUUCCUUGGAGGGUGAGCAGGCUUCCAAAGGCCAAAGACCAAUUUUGCCAUCUGAGAUUCGCAAGCAAGGGAAGAACCGUGAAGGCCUCUUUGGAGGAGGAGAAUUGGAUAACCCUGUGGGGAGUUCCUCUUUCGCGAGCAAGCUGAAAGUUAACUCGGAAGUUCAGAGCAAGCUGGAGUGCAAUAAGAGGCAGGCUCCUGAGCAGCAGAUUAAGACCCCUGAGAACAUAGAGAGGAGUGAAGCUGUUAUGUACAUACAGAGUGGGUCUGUAUCACAACCUGCCAAGGCAAAAGGUCCUGUUCGGAAAGUGUCGACAGCAAAGCAUAAAGUCCUGACUCGCUCAAUGUCUGACUAUACUGUGGCUCCUAAGCUAGAAGCUUUUAAAAGUAAGGAGAGCAUGGAAGCAAAUGCACCAAACGGUGAGAUUGGCAUGGUUGACACAAAAGUCUCUGUUGCCCAGCUCCGUAAUGUCUUUCUGGAGACUGCUAAUGCCAACAAGAAAACGGAACUGUCAAUUUUGAGUGCAGAAAUACCAACCCCUGAAGAUGAAGAAAAAUUAGAUGACCGAGCCAAAUUAAGCGUAGCUGCAAAGAGGCUGCUUUUUAGAGAAAUGGAAAAAUCAUUUGAAAUGAAAAAUAUUCCGAAGCCACCUACAAGAAGUUCAGCAGUACAGAGGAGACUGCGGCGUUUGCAGGAUAGGUCGCACACACAACCAGUUACCAGUGAGGAAGUGGUCAUUGCAGCUACCUUGCAGGCAUCAGCACACCAAAAAAUUUUAGCUAAAGAAGAGAUAAGAGCAGCCAAAGAGGCCAUGGGGCAAGAUCAGUCUGAUGAACCAGAUUCUUCCACCUUAAGUUUGGCAGAAAAGAUGGCUUUGUUUAACAAACUGUCUCAACCAGUAUCCAGGGCCAUCUCCACAAGGAGUCGAGGAGAUAUUAGGCACAGGAGAAUGAACGCUCGUUACCAGACUCAGCCGGUCACUCUUGGAGAAGUUGAGCAGAUGCAAUGGAAAAAGAGUAAACUGGUACAAAAUGAAAGUGGAAAAAUUACUCCCCUGUCAACUGCAGUUGCAACAUCAGUUUCAACGAUGGCAUCUGCCCUUUCUCCGCUCUAUGCUGGAGACCUGCACGUGAAGCCAGCUAGUGAUGGAAGCAUGAGUGCCACCACUAGAGCUGAUCUGAGAUUCCACUAUUCAGCAGAAAACUCAGACUCUUCAGGAAAAUGCACACAGAUGUCAGAACAGUGGCAGCCGUCAAUGGAAGCGUUAGAAAGCAAAAGAGCAUCAAAGAAACAUGAAGAUGAGAGAAAGAGGUUUUUAGUACAUGAAGCUAAUGAAAUUACAAAGUACAGCUCCUUUGAGGAAGAAACCACACAUCCUGUUCCUGAAAAAACAGGAGACUAUCAUAAAGAGACAACAUAUGGCUUCCUGAGGAAGGGCAGCAUGGAACUGUUUAGUUCACAAGCACUUUUUCAGCCUCUUGAACAGAAGGAAAUCGAUACUGGCAUGCAAGACCAUGCUGAGCCUACUCCUGAACUCACCGGCACAUCAGCAAUGAGGACAGUUUCACAAACUGCAGCUGCAGCAUCCUGUAGACUGCAGGAGCUCUCCGAACAAUUGGAAGGCAAAUUUUGUAAGAAUUCCUGUGAGAUGUUUUCUGUUGGAGAGAACAAAACACAAACAGCUGAGGAUGUCCUUGAUAAUUCCAGCAAAACAAUGUCAAUUAAGGAAAGGUUGGCAUUGCUGAAGAAGAGUGGUGAAGAAGAUUGGAAGAGCAGGCUUGGCAAAAAGCAGGAGUACACAAAAGUAUCUGUCACUGAUCGUAGUGCACAAAUGCAAGAAGUUGAUCAGCUGUUGAAGAAGGAACCUGUAUAUGCUUCUACUUACUCUCCCGUUAUACCUGCUCUCCAUAAAUUUCAUCCUUUUCUACCUAUUAAUCAGGUCUGUAGUACUAGUUUGAAAGAAUCAAGCUCUGUGAUUUCUGAUGAACGUCAUCCUUGGAGAUGGAAGCAGAGAGUGGCAGAUAACCAGGAGAGUCAGAUGACCAUUGAAGAAAGGAAACACCUGAUUACAGCUCGAGAAGAAGCCUGGAAGUCCAAGGGUAAAGGAGCAGCCAAUGAUUCCACACAGUUCACUGUAGCUGGCCGGAUGGUAAAAAAAGGCCUGGCUUCUCCAAGUGCGCUAACACCAGUAUCAUCCCCUUUCAGUAACCGGCAAAAGUCUACCACACCAGUUACAAAGCCCUUAGAAGAAAUUGAAGCCAGGCCUGAUAUGCAAUUGGAAUCAGAUAUGAAGCUUGACAAGCUGGAGUCGUUCUUGGGAAGGCUGAAUAACAAAGUUGCUGGGAUGCAGGAGACAGUGCUGACAGUUACAGGAAAAUCUGUGAAAGAGGUGAUGAAGCUGGAUGAUGAUGAAACAUUUUCCAAAUUUUAUCGCCAUGUGGAUUUCCCUUCUUCCUCAAUGCCUUUGGACCUUGAUGAGGACUUUGAUGCCAUCUUUGAUCCUUAUGCACCGAAGUUAAUAUCUUCUGUAGCAGAGCACAAACGUGCAGUUAGGCCUACGCGCAGAGUCCAGUCCUCAAGAAACCCCUUGAAAAUGCUGGCAGCAAGAGACGAUAUUCUUCAUGAAUAUACUGAACAAAGACUGAAUGUUGCCUUCAUGGAGUCAAAGAGAAUGAAAGUAGAAAAAAUGUCUACAAACUCAAAUUUCUCAGAAGUAGCACUUGCUGGCUUGGCAAGCAAAGAGAACUUCAGCAAUGUUAGCCUGCGGAGUGUUAAUCUAACAGAGCAAAACUCUAACAACAGUGCUGUGCCAUACAAGAAGCUAAUGCUGCUGCAAAUUAAAGGAAGAAGACAUGUUCAAACAAGAUUAGUUGAACCAAGGGCCUCGUCACUGAACAGCGGAGACUGUUUCCUGUUGUUAACUCCACAUUUCUGUUUCUUAUGGGUAGGAGAGUUUGCAAAUGUCAUAGAAAAAGCAAAGGCUUCAGAACUUGCAACUUUAAUUCAGACAAAGCGGGAACUUGGCUGUAGAGCUUCUUAUAUACAGACUAUAGAAGAAGGAAUAAAUACCCAUACCCAUGCAGCCAAAGACUUCUGGAAACUCCUUGGUGGACAGACAAAUUACCAGUCUGCUGGAAGUCCUGAAGAAGAUGAAAUGUAUGAAGCUGCAAUAAUAGAAACAAAUUGUAUCUACCGCCUCGUAGAGGAUAAACUCAUUCCUGAGGAUGACUACUGGGGAAAGGUGCCAAAAUGUACCCUGCUACAACCAAAAGAGGUGCUGGUGUUUGAUUUUGGCAGUGAAGUAUAUGUAUGGCAUGGAAAAGAAGUUACUUUAGCACAAAGAAAAGUGGCAUUCCAGCUGGCAAAACACUUGUGGAAUGGUACCUUUGACUACUCCAAUUGUGACAUAAAUCCUCUGGACCCAGGGGAAUGCAAUCCCCUCAUACCCAGAAAGGGACAAGGACGCCCAGACUGGGCUGUGUUUGGCAGACUCACAGAACAUAACGAGACCAUACUGUUCAAAGAAAAAUUUCUUGAUUGGACAGAGCUGAAGAAACUCAAUGAGAAGAAUUCUAGUGAAUCCCUUCACCAGAAGGAAGAAUCCAGAUCUGACUCUAAGCCAUAUGAUGUCAUGCUAAUGGUAGCUGUGCCCCAAACGACUGUAGGCACAGUCUUGGAUGGAAUGAAUAUUGGCCGGGGCUAUGGACUUGUAGAAGGAGAAGAUGGGAGGCAGUUUGAAAUUAUCACUGCAUCUGUGGAUGUCUGGCACAUCCUGGAAUUUGAUUAUAGUAGACUGCCUAAGCAAAGCAUAGGGCAGUUCCAUGAGGGAGACACAUAUGUGGUGAAGUGGAAGUACAUGGUGAGCACUACAGUUGGAAGCAGGCAAAAAGGAGAUCAACAAGUAAGGGCUGUUGGAAAAGAGAAAUGUGUGUAUUUCUUUUGGCAAGGAAGGCACUCCACAGUGAGCGAGAAAGGGACGUCAGCACUGAUGACAGUGGAACUUGAUGAAGAGAGAGGAGCACAGGUACAAGUGCUUCAAGGGAAAGAACCGCCAUGCUUCCUGCAGUGCUUCCAAGGUGGGAUGAUUGUGCAUGCUGGAAGAAGGGAAGAGGAAGAAGAAAAUGCACAAAGUGACUGGAGGCUAUAUUGCGUGCGAGGAGAAGUUCCCAAUGAAGGAAACUUACUUGAAGUAGCAUGUCACUGCAGCAGCCUGCGUUCCCGGACAUCCAUGAUUGUCCUCAAUAUAAAUAAAGCUCUUAUCUACCUGUGGCAUGGCUGCAAAGCACAAUCUCACACCAAGGAUGUAGGAAGAACAGCAGCCAAUAAAAUAAAAGAACAAUGUCCACUGGAGGCAGGGCUGCACAGCAGCAGCAAGGUGACAAUACAUGAAUGUGAUGAAGGGUCAGAGCCCUUGGGAUUCUGGGAUGCAUUAGGAAGGAGAGAUCGAAAGGCCUACGAUUGCAUGUUGCAAGAUCCUGGAAAGUUUAAUUUCACCCCCCGCCUGUUCAGCCUCAGUAGUUCAUCAGGAGAAUUCUCAGCCACUGAGUACGUUUACCCCUCAAGAGACCCUGCUGUCAUCAAUUCCAUGCCAUUCCUGCAAGAGGAUCUUUACACUGCACCACAGCCAGCACUGUUCCUUGUUGACAAUCACCAUGAAGUGUACCUGUGGCAAGGCUGGUGGCCUGUGGAAAACAAAAUUGCUGGAUCAGCUCGAAUCAGGUGGGCUACAGACAGGAAAUGCGCCAUGGAGACAGUGCUCCAGUACUGCAAAGGAAAAAAUGUAAAGAAGCCCCCAAAAUCCUAUCUAAUCCAUGCUGGCCUAGAGCCUCUGACCUUCACUAAUAUGUUCCCAAGUUGGGAACACAGGGAAGACAUUGCAGAGAUCACAGAAAUGGAUGCUGACGUUUCUAAUCAGAUAAUCCUUGUAGAGGAUGUGCUGGCCAAGCUCUGUAAAACGGUGUAUCCAUUAGCAGAUCUCUUAGCUAGGCCUCUACCUGAGGGAGUUGAUCCACUGAAGCUUGAAAUUUAUCUUUCAGAUAAGGACUUUGAGGUUGCCUUAGAGAUGACGAGAGAAGAGUACAAUGCACUGCCAUCUUGGAAGCAGGUUAAUCUGAAGAAGGCAAAAGGACUUUUCUAAAUUGUGUUUAUUGGAGUGAGCACUAAAGGGAUGUCUGUUUUCACUUGUUAUGCCCUUUAGAAGAAUUGUACCCCACAUUUACAAAAUAAAUAGAAAUAAUCCGAAGUUAUUAGUGACUACCUAUCUGGAGGUGUGUAAUAUUAUAACAGGCCAAGAGAACUCUUUAGAAAUGGAAUUCAAUUUCAACUCUUAAAGGUAAUGUGUUUAAGCUCUGCUCUCCUAUGCACUUAAACAGUAGUUUCUUGAGCUACUGCUGCAGGUGUCCUUUGGCUAUAUACAAUACUUGCCAUUUUUGUUUUUGAAGAAGUUCUCUUUGUAAAGUGUUAUUUUGUUAGUUUGUGGAUUACAAAGAAUUUAUAUUUAUAUAAACACAUAGAACAAGUACGUAUUUAACAAUGCAAUAUAUAUUCACUUUGAAGACUUUCAUGUCAAAACUACAGAAAAGUAGCUGGACAGCAGUUGCUUGUACUGAAUUAGCUAUACCACCUAUAUUAUCUCCUACGUGUUCUGAAAAGUUUCUCUUGCAAUAGUUAAUGAAUUGUUCUCAGUGCUGCUUCAGGUGCUAAACUGAACAAAGCAUUUGUAUUUAUAGCAUGGAUUUCUUGAGAAACUAUGCGAAUCAACCUUUAUACUUUAUUAUCCAAAAAUGUAUAGUGCCUUGUUUUUUGUGUACAGUUUAUAUACAAAAAAAAAAAAAAAAAGAUUGGUCUGCAUUUUGAAGAUGGCUUAGAAUGGUCUCCUAUGUUACUUUUAUAAUAGUAGAAAUAAAAGCAUCUCAGUUUCUAAUACUUGUUGUAAACAUUAAACAUGUCUUUUGUGAUACAAGAACCGAAAGUAAAAGCUUCUGAAUAAACUUGUAGCGAUGCUCUGACUUGUCA